UUUUGCUUGUCCCUUUACAUAGUUACCGUGUUGUAAACGAAGUGGCAGUUUAUUUUUUUUACAGCUCCGUGAGCCAUAAACUUUGAAUUUAUCGAAUUGAGCUUCUAAUGAAGACCCGUUCAACGCUACGCUAGCUUUCACCAUUAUUUUCUCGUGCAAGUGGAACUCAAGCUACGUUCUUGUGUGGUGUCAUUUGUCAACGUUGGGAAUUGAGGUUAUCAAGUAUAAAGGGGCUGGGUGACGUCGCCAUGGCUGCCUCCGUGCUGAAGCACUCGCUUUACUGGGAUGAAACUGAAUGCCUCAGUUUUUAUGGGAUGCUCUCUCUCCAUGAGGUCUUUGAAGUCGUCGGGUCUCAGCUGACGGACACUGACGUCGAUGUCCUUUCCUUCCUUGUGAGUGAAACCUGCACUUCUGUUCAUCCUUUGGACCCUGCCAGCUGGACGGUGCAACCCAACGAGGAAGACCCACUAGACGCUGGCGAGGUCCCGAGUCCCAAGCUACUGUCGGCAUGGAAGCGCUUACAGUCACGUGGCUCCCCGCAGCCCACAGUUCCCUGGUGCAAGCCCAAGAAUGGCCUGGAGUUGCUGUUGGAACUGGAGAGGCGAGGCUACAUCAGCGAAGGCAACUUGGAUCCGCUACUGAAGCUCCUCAGAGUCCUGACCCGGCAUGACCUUCUCCCUCUUGUGUCCCACAAGAAGAGGAGAACAGUGUCUCCAGAAAGGACCGGGAAAAAAUAUGGGGUAGAACACACCCAGGUCUCAUCUCCAUCUGGCUUGAGGACCACCUCCUAUACACAAGCAGAAAUGCCUCUUCCUUCCCUCACGUACCGUGUCAGAACAGAGUCUGACCUGAUUGCGCAUGGACCGCCAGUGAGGAAGCGGCGAAGGAAGAGAGGGAACGGUUGGACUCGCAAGCCUAAGAAGGCCAAAAAACUGCCACCAGCACUGCCACAGAAAGCAUCCUGCAUUCUAAACAGACCAACAAAACUAUCCUCACACACAGUCAGAGGGAGAAUGCUUAGUGCUCAAAACUGCACAAAGCAUGACAGAGAGUUUCUUUUACUCUUUUGGCUCUGUUGGUCAGUCAUUGAGCAGAAAUGAAGAUCGAUUAAGUUGACGUUCUGCGGGCCAAGCGAACUCCUUGUAAAUGGGUACUUGAACUUUUUUUUUUUUCCUUAGUCAAGAUAUGGACUUAGUCAACUGGGGGAAAAAAAGUCCUAUGUAUGAAGUGAUAUGAUGUAACGAGCUGAAGGCGUAACCCUCAACAUUUCUUUGAUGUGCACAUGGUCCCCAGCUGUGAAUUAGUAAAAUGGGUGUUCUUUGCAUAUCCUCCCAAGAAGUCAAAGGGGGGAAGACUUCUUAUGUGCCAAUAACGUAAAAACCUCUAUUUACCAAAUGGCAUUCACAAAUGUGUGUUUCAGCAUUCGUGACUUUACUUUCAGUUUUGUUUUUUUUUUUUUUUCCACAUACAACAAUUUUGGUUAAAUUCAUGCUUUAGUCAUGUCUGGGGAUUUUUGCGUAGUCUUUUACACUCUGAAAAAAAUAAAAAUAUUCCACAAUUCACAACAUGGUCCUCAGGAAGCUGCAUCAAACAGAUUCUCUGGAGGCUAUGGCAAUCCCAGAAGUGAGUUUAUUCAUUUAUUUUUCAUUGGAGUAUUUUUGCAGCUCUUACUGUUAAAAAACUUUGUCAUGUAAAUUAGUGUUUUGUUUUUUUAAGUACAAGGUAUUGUUCUAUUCUUAGUCUCAUUUUACUAUCGUAAAUGCAAAGUGUCAUUUCUUGAAAGUUUCCUGUCAUAGGCCAAUCGACAAUUUGAAUCAUUCAAUGUGCGUGUAUUAUCAGAUUUAGUUACGCCAAGCAAACUGAACCAAUUUGGUGGCAUGGCCCUGAAUUCCAUUCGUUCAGGUGGUCGACAACAUCCUAGAAUGGGUUGUUUGAUUUUUGAGGUUCCGUUAUACUGUGAAUUUUUGUGUGAACCUCAGAAACCUUCCAUAGGUUUUCAUAAUGUUUUCUUGGAUGGUGUGUUCAAGAAGAAACAUUAAAUGAAUCAAUUUGAAAGUGGGUGCACUCUUUUAUAACAUUCUUUUGCCCUAACGACAUUUUAUCCAGGUCUUCAAUCUCUUCCUAAAAACCUCACAUCCUUAGGGGUGGCACUUACGGUAAAACACUUCCUUCUCAUUAUUUGUGAAUGUGAUGUUUAUUUUGUAUAAAUCCAUUUUAAAAUCGCUCUAUCAUUUGUUGCGACUGGUGCCUCCGAUCCAUCACUAUGGUAAAUCUUAACCAGAUCAAAUGGUCAUGAAUACUGGAAUGCAGAAUGAAAACUACCAAAUGUAUCUGAAGGCAAAGUUCUUGUUAUAUAGUCUAGAAAACAUCCCACGUUCAUUCUAAUUACUUUCACUGUGAGUGCACUUUUUUGUUUUUGUCAGUCAAAUUAAAGCUCUCAUUAAAACACGUUGCCCUUUUGCAAAUGUUGAGAUCCGAUAAUCGAUGUUUUAAUUCAACAUUUGCCUUUCUAAUGUCAGCAUUUUGCAAACCUUUCCCCACUCAAGUGUUGCACAGCUCCCUGCAGCCCAAUGUAGACAAAUAUCACUUGUGUUGACUUUCAAUAGGAGGGCAAUAAAUAAAUGGAUUCAAUUAUUUUCUCCUCAAACAUUUGAAUAUAUUGUAAUGUUUUUCCACUGUAAGAAGCGCAGAGGACUGCACAUUCAUGAGUAAUCUUUCUGGUGGGAAAAGGUUCUAUGAGUACUGUUGUUCCAAACUAAAGAGAGCUUUUGAGGGGGCGAGAUGAGUUUCUGUUGCAGCCAAAGUCGUCAAGCAGCCGGUUUCCACUUCCCAGUUCUGCAAUAGUGACACGGGGGGACGCCCUGUCAGCGGCGCUCUUGCUCAGUACAGUAUGUAUCCUCUGAUCUUCCUCGCUGUGCUGUUGCAUGACCGCCAAUCCUGUUACAGCAAUUUCAUCGUUUCACACUGAACCCCCUCAGAAAACAAAAAAAAAAAAACAGACUUCCUGGGCAUCACACUACUAAGCUUCCACUGGGAAUAUUGCUGAGUGUGCAGCUGACACAAUGUACAAGUCGACCGGUUCCAUGGCAGCCGUAUUUAUCAUUCCCACUGCACUAAAAUGGCCACUUUCCUCUCAGUGACUGCAUCUAUUUUUAUGGGUCCUUGGCAACGUUUGUGCUGCUUUUACCAAAAACUCAAUCAGGAAUGAACAUGUAUACGUUCCAGUCCAGUUAGUGUUCGGCUUAUUUGACCACAAACUCCUUUUUGAGAAACUGCUCUUCAAUCGCUUUUGUGAUUUGCUGUUGUGAUUCAUCAAUUAAGGCGUUCAUUUUUCACUGCACGCUACCUACUUGGCUCUGCUCUCACGCGACGCUUUUUCACUUUCGAAACCAUGUACCAUUUGUGAUAUCCAGCCAUGUUUAUGUGUGGACACGAACGACAAGGUGUUAAAUUUAACACUCACUUCUCCGACCCUGUGAGAAAUGACCUUCCCCACAAGUACUUUUUUUCAUCAUACAGUACACUGCUGUUCAAAAGUUUUUAAAAACACUUCAAAUCUAUGCAGUUACAUUUCUCAUUUCACUCAGAAAUGAAAGCACAGAACAAACGACUUCAAAAGGAAGUCAUGGAAUCAAUCUACGAAUGAUAAUGUAUUCUCAAUCCUUGACUCAUUGACUCACCUUGGGCGAAUAUAACCUGAACACACUUGUGGUGUUGGCUCAAAAAUGGAAAUCAAAUAUUCUUCAGAAAGUUCUUCCCAACUCUGUUGCGUGAGUUCCCAUAACUGUGGCUAUUCAUUGGAUUUAAACAUACUGCAGCGACCCGUAAUCGUGGUGCCCAUGUCUCUUCUUGGAUUAAAAAUGUGUGUGAAUUCCAACACCCUAUUCUCAAGUCUCCUGUGCUGAAAGCAAUUCUUACAUUUAGUUCUACGAUCUAAAUUUCCCCAUCUCAAUUUGAAAUCGCACUGCUGGACUUGACACCUAAAGCUCUUUUUUUUU